AUGAAUCUGCAGCUGCUCGCUGCCUUCGGACUGAUCUUGUUCACGGGCUCCACCGUUUCCGCAAAGUGCGCGCCCGACUCCGUCAGCUUUGACGGCAUGUGCAAGGGAAAGAUGCGUUCGAGCAAUGGAGGUGAACCCCAGAUAGAUCGACGUGCUGCGAUUGAGGAAAACAAAAAGUUCUUGUCCAGCUAUUAUCCAACUGGCGGAGACCUCGUCGAUGAUAGCUUCAACACGGGAGGGUUUGGUCAUUAUGUUUGGCCGGAGAACAACGGCAAUCUCAGCGUCAUCGUGGUCGGAAAUUCGUGGGCUUUACAGCAACAUUCCAUUGUCCGCAAAUACCUGCCGGCCCAUAUGACAUCGAGCAUGGAAGCGUAUACGGCGUCGGGAUGUUCCAUCGUUUUCAAUCACCAUCAAACUUUGACCGAGGCGUUUUGGCACGAUAUGGAGAACAAGAGACCACGGAUCGUAUUCGUAAUCCUGCGUUACACGUAUCAGUACGGAGACUGGGCCCCCUAUACGCCAGGGAACGAUGAAGUGCUCAACUAUUACCAGCAAGCGGUCGAUCGUUUCUCGAAGUUCGCCGACCACAUCUUCGUCUCCAGCCACCAACCGUUCGUUUGCCCGAUAGCCGGGAAGGCCAACGAUAUUCUCACGCGUUUCAUCGCCGCGCUGGAGAAUGGCAAGGAUUUGACCACCCUGAACAUGCCAUACAAUGCCACGGAAUUCGCCGAGAACCCCGUGCGCGUCCGCAUUAACUUGCUGUUCCAACGCUGCAAAAAGUGCCAUUUGCUCGACAUGGACACUCCGUUUAUCAAUGCAAAGAUGAACUGGGUGCAGGUGUAUGACCCAAAAACGAACUUGGCCUACUUCGACAAUGCAUGCCAUUUCACGAAAGCUGGAUUGGAGAAAAUCGACCCGCAAAUUGAGAAGGCCAUCCAUGCCGCCCUGCCAGAAUAUUUCCCGACCGAGGAAGCGGAUGAA